AUGACAACGAAGGUCGAGUCGCUUCACGGUUCAACCCCAGUUCCAGGGGCCAACACCAACAGCUCUGAGUUUCACAGUCAUGAGAAAGAUCUAGAAUCACAAAAAUCUACAGCUAAUCAGGAGGAAGCGACUCAGUCGACAUCGUCACAGCUGGAAGAAAGCUUGGAUCCUGGCCUUGAUGAUAACUCCAAUGUCCCUCGCCUUCCACUCCUGCGACUAUUUUGGUUCUUCUUCUACAACUUCGGCUUAUUUGCCUGGGGCGGUCCUGUGGCACAGAUCUCUCUGAUCAAAGACAAAUUGGUCAUGCAAGACAAGUGGAUCAGUCUCCCUCGAUUCCAACGAGUCUUUGCGGUCUAUCAGAUUCUUCCAGGGCCAGAAGCAGCAGAGCUAUGUAUGUUUUUUGGGUGUCUGUCUGCUGGUCGCUUAGGUGGGAUUGUUGCUGGAGUCGCUUUUAUCUUACCGGGGUUCCUUUUGAUGCUUCUUGCGUCUUACCUCUAUUCACUGGCUGGAUUGGAAAACAAAUACUUCAACGCGUCAUUCCGAGCUAUCCAGCCGAUAGUGUCCGCUAUGAUCCUUCGUGCUACGCACAAAAUCGCAGACCACUCUGUGAUUGACCACAACACCCGGAAGACGAGCCCUUAUCUGGUUAUUGCGGGUCUUUGCACGGCGCUUAACAGUGCUCUGCGCAUCAAUGUUUUCAUCUCUAUCGGCCUCUACGGAAUCAUAUACAGCUUCAUAACCCGCGGCAAACGCAUCAUCGCUCUAUGCCUCUUCAUCCUCCAGUACGUCGUAUACGCCAUCUAUGUCGUUUUUCGAGGUGUCCCGUCACCAGUCUCCCUUGCUCUUGGAAUAGCAAAGACCCCCUUUCUUCCCAAUUUAUUUGCACUGGGCCUAGUAGCUGGAAGUCUCUCUUUCGGCGGUGCGUAUACCGCCAUACCGUUCGUUCAAGUUGAGGCUGUGCUGAAGGGUGGGUGGCUUCCCGCACACAUUUUCCUGGAUGGUAUUGCCAUCGGCAAUAUCCUUCCAGCGCCGCUCGUUAUAUUUGCUACGUUUGUGGGUUAUCAGGGUGGUUUAGCAGACGGUGGUGUUGGAACUGCUUUCGCUGGUGCAAUCCUUACCACUCUUGGCAUGUUUUUCCCAUGCUUCCUGUUCACAAUCGCUGGCCAUGAUCUGCUGGAAAAGCUUGUUCGCAAUAGCUUCCUCUCGGACUUCUUUGAUGGGCUCUGCGGUGCAGUCAUUGGCGUAAUCGCUAUCAUUGUGCUACAGAUGCUACAAUCAAGUCUCAAGAUGACCAAUGGCAGCGCAACAGCAGAUGUCCAAAGUGCCUCUGUGGUAGCAUCCGAAAGUGCUUCAGCUGCCGUGCUCUACGUCAUUGCAUUAGCAGCUCUCUACAAAUCUACCAACAAGUACACGCCACUGGUUCUUGUUAUAAUCGGUGCUAUUGCGGGACAGUUUUUGUUUGUUUGA